GGAAGUUCUGUCUAUCCAAAAAAAUGGCAACACAAACACAGAGUGUUGAUGACUUGUUGGUAUGUUUGAUGUCAAUGGGAUUCAGUCUUGAAGACGGCCAGGCAGCUGUGCAGAAUGGUUAUCUUUCAGUGGAGAGAGCAGUUGAAUGGAUACUGGCUGGAAAACCUGUUCAAUCGGUGCCUGACACGGGACCAAGACUUCAACUCAGACCGACAUUGGAGAACCAGUCCAACCCUUUUGCGAACCCAUUAGUCCCUGAGUCAACUGGUUCAGGGCCCCCAUCAAACAGUCCAAACAUGGCAGUAACAACAGAGCAGUCCUCCGUGACACAGUCGGAGGAAAGUCAGUCCGAAGCAGUCAUCAGUAGGCUGCACUUGAGUGAUAACCAGAAAAAGCUAAAAGAAGAUUUUGAAACCAAGCGAAGAAGAGAGGCAAAAGAUGAUGCUUUGAAAGAAAAGCAAAGGCGCAAAAGAGACCACGAGAGGGUACUGAAGGAGAUUGCCGAGGACAGAGAGAAGAAGAAGAUGACUAGUCACCUUAGUAAGACUGAGACGGCUGACAGAGACACCUGUAAGGUGAUGACCACACCCCCCUCCACAUCCCCCUCAAAGUCAACAGCAGACAGGUGUCAGCUACAGUUACGUCUGCCUGCUGGAGAUGUAGUGAAACAGACCCAUCCAGCUUCAGAGCCUUUUCAAACUAUCUGGGAGUUUGCCACCAAGAUUUGUUCCUCUGAUGAUAUUGUGUUGAUACAGCCUUUUCCUCAUAGAGAGUUCUCCUGUGCGGAUGUCAGUUCUUCCCUGCUAGACCUUCAGUUGACCCCCUCAGCUUCCCUCAUGGUUAAAAGGAAAGAUGUACAGAAGUCUACCACAGGAAAUGAAGCUCUCCCAAGUGAGAUUGCCACUGGUUCAACAUUCAAAUUGUUUGGUCAAGGUCCAACAUUAGUAGAUCAACGCAAUCCUGGGUUCCAGGCACCAUUUGUUGUGCCCAAUGUUGAAGCAACAUCAGUAGGUCAACACAAUCCUGGGUUCCAGGCACCAUUGGUUGUGCCCAAUGUUGAAGCUGAGGAAAGGGGAGAUGAGGAGGAGUUGAUGGUAGAGGACAAUGAGGAAGGUGGUCAAGAUGAAGAAGAAGAUGACUACCCUUUUCAUCAAGGAAUGCCCCCAGGGUUCCCUGCAGCUUUAGGGGGAUUAGGUGGUUUACAGCUUGGCAUGGGUAUGGGUGCAGGUGGAGGAAAUCAAGUGGCUUUUGAAGGAGUUGGGCAGCGGUUAGUUCCCUUGGGACACCCAGGGGACGAGGAUGUACAUCACAAUGUUCCAGCAGCUCAAUUAGCAGCUGAAAAGGCCAGGGAAAGAUUUGCAAAUCCAGAACCUGUUGAUCCAAACAGACAAUUAGCACCAGUGCCUUCAACUUUGACCUAUGAUGUCAAUCAUUUAACGCUGUUGUGUAUGAACCAUAUUGCUCAGCGCUUGACCCAACACGAUCCACGACAUCCUCUUUUAUCACUCUCAGGAAUUUCUCAAGAGGUGGCACAGAAAAUUCUUACUUAUCUGCUGAGAGAGAAAUUGCUUAAACCCAGAGCUCUGAAUGCUUUUAUUCCUUGCUUCCUGAGAGAGAUGAUUUUAGACUGUUAUCCAUACACAACCAACGAACUUCUUCAUGCUGUACGAUAUCACUGCCAAUUACAGACUCUUAGUUUAAAAUCUUGCUCAUUGAUAACAGAUGCAGGACUGUUAGAACUAAACAGUUUAAAGAAACUGAAGCAUCUGAAUCUUAGUGGCUGUAAACAACUCACAGAUAAAUGUUUAGAAAUUGUCAAAGACAUGCCCUGCCUUGUCUCCCUUAUCCUAGAUGGGACCGGUAUCACAGAGGCAGGGUUUAUUGGAGUCAUACCCAGCCUACCUUCCUGUCUACAAGCUAUCAACCUAAACCGAACCAAUGUUACAGAAAAUAUAUUUUCUCAUUUAAAAGAAUUAGAAAACUUAAAGGUUUUACAUGUAGAACACACUAAGGUUUGUGGAUUAACAGGAAUAAAUCAGCUGAGGAAGUUGGAAGCUGUAGAUGUCUCUCAGACAGACAUAGAGGCAGAGGCUUUAUUGUGUGUAGGAGACAGCGUGACAUGUCUAGCCAUCUCUAAUACCCAACGGAUCAAUGGAGACCAGGCUCUGCAGUACAUACAAAGGCUGUCACUGAGGAGUUUGAGUUUACCCAGCAGAUUAACCACUACCGAUGCAGGUCUACAGUUUAUUAGUCAAAUGCCAUUAUCUGAGCUUGAUCUAACCAACUACAUCAGUGUGGGGGACAUGGGAAUGAUUCAUAUCGGAAAGAUACAAACAUUGAAGAAACUUCUUCUCAGCAACACGAAGAUCACUGACGUUGGAAUGACUCAUUUAAAAGAUUUGAAACAAUUACAGAUAUUGUACCUUGACAGAACUUUAGUUUCAGACGUGUGUUCGGAAGUUGUAAAAUGCUUUCAUGCACUUAUAGAACUAAGUCUUUCAAGCACAAGCAUAACCAGCAGAUUCUUGCUUAAUGGUGCUUUGAACACAACGCAUGACUUGUCUAAACUCAACCUCUCUAGAACAUCAGUAUCCAACAAUGGUGUUUCCUGCUUAAAAUCCGACAGUCUCUCCUUGGUAAAUCUGGAUGGAACGAGCGUCAAUCCAAAUAUCGUAGAAAUUCUUCACAGUCAUUGUCCUAACCUCAAGAGAGUGACUGUAGCAAACAUUCAUCCUGUUAAUUCUGAUGAUGAAAAUUAAAAACUAUCGGAACAUGUAUCAUUGUUCCCAAUUCUGUCGGAUUACGACUGUUCCAGAUUACGGACUGUUCCAAAUUACGGACUGCGGACUGUUCCAAAUUAUGGACUGUUCCAUUGUCUUGUUGUGGAUGAUUUACUAUAUUAAAUGAUUAAUAUGAUGCAUUAUUAUUUGAAAUAAAUUACAAGCAAUAAUUUAAUAAUAUCCAAAAGAAGAAUAUGAAGAGAUACUGAUUUUGGCAUGUUGCUUCAUCUGUCUACAUGAUAAAUAUGGCAAAAACAUAUUUUGUUCGAUUGAUAAAUUUCCUGCCAUUUUUUCAAUGCUUGCUGAUAUUCAGGUCAUAGAAGUCAAUAUAAUCAUUCCUACAUGUGUCUUUUUUGCAGUGUGGGUUCAUCAUCUGUUGUGAACUUUUGAACAUUUUCAACUUAUGAGAUAUUGUUUGGCCAAUUUGAUAUAAAGGUCCUAUGGAGUAGGGGGAACAAAUAAUUUCAUGCCCCCAUCUCUGGGGGUUGCAAUAUUUCCAAAUCUUUCAUUCGGAUGAAGGGUGUGCAAAGUUCUGAUGAAAUAUUGUAAAAUUUUAUGACCCGUGGAUCACAAUCUAAUUAAAAUUAGAUCCUUUGAUCCGCUCACGGAUAUAAGGAUCUAAUUUUAAUUAGAUUGCGUGGAUCAAGUGUUCCAUUGUCUCCGUGACUCAAAUGAUUAAUAUACGUCUAGCAAUAUGAACUGGGUUGAAAAUAAUAAGUAGCUUGAAGACCGUGGUCAGAAUUGUAAAUAUCAGUGUCUUUGUAUGAGGGACUUAGAUCCCAGUAUGUGGCUACAAGGAUUGUGUAGCGAGUUUGUAAUAGAAAUUUAAAUAUCUUUAUUCCUGACUAUGUAGUAUAUAAACCAGGUGCAAAGUUUGAUGAGCCUGGAGGCCUCAAAUAGAAAUUUACUGUCCUUGGGUAAAUCUUUCAGGCUUCAGUGUAAGAUCUUUAUCUGAAAAUUUAUUGUUACAGUAUUUUAACCCCAAACAAAUUAAUGUAAGCCCCCGAUAAUAAACUUCUUGGUGCUGCAUAUUUAUAAAGUAUUGUAAUAUUAUGAGGUUUGUCUAUUUACUGUCCCUCCAAUUAACAUUUUGUCUUAAUUGGCAAUGUCAUAAGAUGUGAAAUUAUGGUUUUUUUGUGUUGUAUAUUGAAGUGAAACACGGGCAGUUUCAUCGUUGCAAACCACGGGUUAUUGUUUCAUUCUAUUUCACAUGUUUGUGAAAUAGAAUGAAAGUAACAAUAACCCGUGGUUUGCGACCAUGGGGCAGUUUCUGCGACGUAUAUAGUAUUUAAGAUUUAAAUUAUAGAUUACAUGUAUGUUAACAUGUAUGUGCUGAAUACAAAAAGACAUUUCAAUGUUAUUGCAAUACUUGACUUUUCUAUAAUAGUAGUUAUAACAAUGAAUGUACAAGAAAAUACAUUAAACCGAUUUACAUUCUUU